AUGGAAGGCAAUGGUGAAGUUCAAUGGUGUUUCUCUCAAGUAAAGGGAACCUUGGACGACGAUGUAACAGAAGCAGACAUAAUAUCAUGCGUGGAGUUCAAUCACGACGGAGAAUUACUGGCCACCGGCGACAAAGGUGGACGAGUAGUCAUUUUCCAACGUGACCCUUUGUCCAAAACGGUUCUUCCAAAGCGCGGAGAAUACAAUGUCUACUCCACGUUCCAAUCGCACGAGCCGGAGUUCGAUUAUCUCAAGAGUUUAGAGAUCGAGGAAAAAAUCAACAAAAUUAGGUGGCUGAGACGGAAGAAUCCCGCCCACUUUUUGCUUUCCACUAAUGAUAAAACUAUCAAAUUAUGGAAAGUGUCCGAGCGGGACAAGAAAGUAGAAGUUACGACAGCAUACAAACCAUCGUUACCUCUAGAUGAUCCCGCACUUUUAGGUUACAAUACGAAAUCAGAAAACGGCAGCUUGGUGGACCCAUCGAGCGUGCAUUCCCUUAGAGUACCAGUGAUCAGACCCAUGGAAUUGAUGGUGGAGGCGUCGCCUAGGCGUAUAUUCGCGAACGCUCAUACCUACCACAUCAACUCCAUAUCGGUGAAUUCCGAUCAAGAAACCUACCUGUCGGCGGACGACCUGAGGAUCAAUCUGUGGCAUCUAGAAAUAACCGAUCAAAGUUUUAAUAUCGUCGAUAUCAAGCCGACGAACAUGGAGGAAUUGACAGAGGUUAUUACUGCAGCCGAAUUUCAUCCAACAGAAUGCAAUCUGUUCGUCUAUAGUAGUAGUAAAGGAACAAUUAGGUUAUGUGAUAUGCGCGCCGCGGCAUUGUGUGAUAGACAUUCUAAGUUGUUUGAAGAGCCCGAGGAUCCGACCAAUAGGAGUUUCUUCUCGGAGAUAAUUUCUAGUAUUUCGGAUGUUAAAUUGUCAAAUAACGGCAGAUAUAUGAUAUCUAGGGAUUACCUCUCCGUCAAGGUAUGGGACUUGCACAUGGAGACUAAACCAAUAGAAACUUAUCCUGUUCACGAAUACCUUCGAGCCAAGCUAUGUUCCCUGUACGAGAACGACUGCAUCUUCGACAAGUUCGAAUGCUGUUGGAACGGCAACGAUUCCGCAAUCAUGACCGGCUCGUACAACAACUUCUUCAGGAUGUUCGACAGGUCGACGAAGCGCGAGUUGACGCUCGAGGCAUCCAGGGACGUCGCCAAACCCAGGACGGUGUUAAAGUUGCGCAAAGUUUGUUCACAGGGCAAGCGAAAAAAGGACGAAAUUAGCGUGGACUGUUUAGAUUUUAAUAAAAAAAUAUUACACACGGCAUGGCAUCCGGCUGAGAAUAUUAUCGCUGUGGCAGCAACCAAUAACUUAUUUUUAUUCCAGGAUAAGUACUAGUGUAAUUUUUAAUUUACUGAAAACUAAAAAAAUAAUGCGGUUUUUUCCAUUUAUUGUUUUUAAUAUCGUAUCGGGCGCCCUUUCUAAGCGAAUGUAAUGGCGCCGAAUUCAUGACGUUUAAGGGGUUCUCAAACGAGUUAGCGUUACUCAACUUGAUGUUGCUCCAAUUCAAUUCAUAACCAUACACUCUUCAUUACUACUGUAAGAUUAUAUCAUAUUUAAGACUAAAAGGUUUCGAAUACAUUGUUUGAAUGGCUUUUCUCUUCUCAACUUCAACAGCUCCGUAUCAAGCUUGUGCCUUAAUAACAUACUUAUUUGACAUUUCAACGGUUUUUCUCCAGCGUCAUUAUGGCCUCCGCUUGACAGUUCUAAAUGACAAAUAUAAUUGUCAGUGUUAUUGAUAUAUGCACUUACUACUUUUGUCUUAUGCUUUAUUUCCCUUACUUUUAUUUUCUAAUGGUUUUUUGCUUCCGUUAUUUGUUUUGAUAACCUUUCUUGUAUCUUCUAUGGACUUUAUCUGUAUUAUGCUCCUCUUAUUUUCUGUCUUUCUUGCCUUUUACAGUUCCUUAGAAUAAUAUUUUAGAUACUUUAGAAAUCGUUCAAAGUUUUUGAAUUUUUAGGAGUUUCAAGAGGAUGGUGAUUUUUUGGAGUAUUGCGUUCUAGUAGUUAAAGUGAUAUAGGUCUAAUUUUAUUGCUCCAGGACUUUUUCACCUUUCGGUCUUAUUUAGACGAAAUUUUAUCGAUUUGUUAACAUUUACAAAAGUAAUGAUCGAUGACGUGCCAAUUUUAGAUGGUAAGGCGGGGUUUAAGUUGACCUUGAACUUUGACAUUGAGCUGAGGCACUCUCAUUUCACAUCUACUUUUUUCUCCAUAUUUUUUCUUUCUAAUUUUAGUUUAAAAUCUGAAAAGUUGCUGUGAGUUGGCUUCAAGUUAACCUUGAACUUUGACAUUGAGCUUCUCAUUAUGCACUCUCAUUUCACAUCGUUUAAAAUCUGAAUAAUUGCUAUGGGUUGGCAUCAAGUUAACCUUGAACUUUGACAUUGAGCUCCUUGUGCACUCACAUUUCACAUCUACUUUUUUCUAAAUUUCGUUCAUAAUCUGAAAAUUCGCUUUGGGUUGCUUCAAGCUAACCUUGAACUUUGACAUUGAGCCAUUAUGCACUCUUAUUUCAAAUCGUUCAAAAUCUGAAAAAUUGCUAUGGGUUGUUUUCAAGUUAACCUUGAACUUUGACAUUGAGACUCUCAUUAUGCACUCUUAUUGCAAAUCGUUCAAAAUCUGAAAAAUUGUUAUGGAUUGGCUUCAAGUUAACCUUGAACUUUGACAUCGAGCGCCUCAUGAACUCUCAUUUCACACCUACUUUUUUUUAAAAAUUUCGUUUAAAAUAUGAAAAGUUGCUGUGGGUUGGCUUAACCCUAACUCACCGAGAUUUGGUUAGACUCCUUGUGGAUCCCCAUGGGCAAAGAUUAGCUUGUCGAUUAACUUACUGGUUCAAAACAUUUGAUAACGUUACCUUCUGGUUCUAGGGUUAAUUAACUCCAUCUUUUGGGUUCCUUGGUUUAAUUUCCAACUAAUUUUCGCUGUUCAAUGAAUCCUUGUCAAAUUAGUUAGUAGUAGUUUGAAAGUUUGUAGAAUUUGGAGAGUACAUGUCAAGCUUGGCGUUACCGUUGGCAUUUAAACACCUACUUGAUUGAGAACGCCUUCAAUAAGUGCAACGUAAUGUAGGCAACCAACGUUGUUUCAAUGUAUACUAUGUUGCCUACGUGUAAAGGAUGAAAUGUUUUUAAUCAAUGAAAAGAAAAAAGAUUCUUGAAAACGUGCUAUAUUUUUAUUAAUUUUUCUGCAAUAAUGUUAAUGAUUUUUAUUUAUAAACAAUCAGUUAAGCAAUUUAAAGACCGAUAUUGUUAGUUAUUUAUAAUUUGUUGCAAAAUAAAUGAAGUAAAGCGUUUUUUUGGUCGAAAUGUGACAAAUGCGAAUGGACGUUUAAUUUUUAAUCUGUUCUGUUUUGAGGAUUUUCGACGAGGCAUAAUUGGGAGAAAAGGUAUUUAAUUUUCAAAAUAAACUAAUUCGGUGAUAAAUCUUCAGAACGGAAUUUUUACAAACAAAAAAAUGUUUCUUCUUCACACUGUAACCCUUGAUAACAUUUUAUUUACUUUUACGAUUUUUUUUGUUGAAUUCUUCCUUUAUAUUAUACACUUUUAGCAGUUUCCAAUUUUUGAUUAAAAAAAACUGGUUUUUUCCUUUAGGUAUGUGAUAUUUUUUGAGUAAUUUUUAAUUUAUUAAGUGAAUACUCUUUAGAUAUACGAGGUGGGUCAUUUUUAGACAAAAAAAUACUUUUCCGCAUCGAUUUUGGUUGAAAUAAAAAUAUAAAAUCAACAAUGUUAUGUUAGUUUUCUUUUGUGCAGUUUUACUUACGAGGGCGAGCCAAAAAAUUACGAAUUAAUACAACCCUACUUUUAAAAAAAUAUUGUUUUGAAAUUUAUUUUUAUGUGUAAACAUUUAGAUCUAUACUCGUAACAACCCGUUUCGAUUUUGUGAAAAUUAAUCGCAAAUAGUAACAUUAUUUUUCUAAAUCUGCUGCCCCUCGUAACAUUUUCGGUUGACUAUAAUCUAUAAUCACUUGUUAAAUCUUGCAAGAACAGCUAAUUAGACAUUUUUAGUGAUCCUCGUAACUUUUUUUUGUUAAUAAUUGUACUUGAAAUCACAUGAAUUCCUUCAGGAUGGAUAAUUGGACAUUUUUGGUUAAUUGCAACUACAAUCACUUAUUAAGGCCUAUAUGAACAGGUAAUUAAACUUUUCUACUAACACUCGUAACAUUUUCGGUUAAUAAAUGUACUUUAAAUUAUUUUUAAUUCCUUCAGGAUGGAUAAUUGGACAUUUUUGGUUAAUCACUUAUUAAGGCCUGUAGGAACGGGUAAUUGAACUUUUCUACUAACCCUCGUAACAUUCUUGGUUGUAUUACAAUCGCUUAUUAAGGCAUUUUAUUUUUACUGCCUCUCUUGACAUUUUCGGUUAAUUAUAUUUACAAUCACAUGUUAAAUCCUGUAGGAACAGAUAAUUGGACAUAUUUAGUUACCCUCGUAAAUUUUUGCUCAAUGGAAAAUGGAAAAUCACUUAUUAAUUCCUUCAGGACAAAUAAUUGCACUUACAAUCACUUAUUAAGGCCUAUGGGAACGGAUAAUAACUUUUUUACUGUCCCUCAAAACUUUUUUGGUUAAUUUUACCUACUAUCACUUGAUAAAUCCUGCCGAAACAGGCAAUUAGACAUUUUUAGUUACCCUCGUAAUUGUUUUUAUUAAUAAUUGGACUUGAAAUCACUUAUUAAGGCCUAUAGGAACGGGGAUUUGAACUUUUCUACUAACCCUCGUACAUUAUUUUUACUGCCCCUCGUAACAUUUUCGGUUAAUUUUCCCUACAGUCACUUGAUAAAUCCUGCGGGAACAGGUAAUUAGACAUUUUUAGUUACCCUCGUAAAUUUUUGAUUAAUAAUUGGACUUGAAAUCGCUUAUUUAUUCCUCCAGGAUGGAUAAUUGCACCUACAAUCAGUUAUUAACUCCUAUAGGAACGGGUAAUUGAUCUUUUCUACCAACCCUCGUAACAGUCUUAGUUGUACUAUAAUUACUUAUUAAGUCAUUUAAUUUAUACUGCCUCUCGCAACAGUUUUGGUUAAUUAUACCUACAAUCACUUGUUAAAUCUUGAUGGAAUAAAUAAUUAGACCUUCUUAGUUACCCUCGUAAAUAUUUCAAUAAUAAUUGUAUUUGAAAUCACUUAUUAAUUAUUUCAGGAUGGAUAAUUGCACCUACAAUCACUUAUUAAGGCCUAUAGGAACGGGUAAUUGAACUUUUCUACUAACCCUCGUAACAUUCUUGGUUAUACUACAGUCACUUCAUUUUUACUGCCCCUCGUAACAUUUUCGGUUAAUUAUACCUACAAUCACUUGUUAAAUCCUGCAGAAACAUUUUAGCUACCCUUGUAAAUUUUUGAUUAUUGAUUCCUUCAGGAUGGAUAAUUGUACCUAUAAUUACUUAUUAAGGUCCGUAGGACCAGAUUAUUCUAUAUUUCUAGUAACCCUUGUAACAGUCUUGGUUGAUACUACAAUCACUUUUUAGGUUAUUUAAUUUUCACUGCCCCUCGUAACAAUGUCUGUCAUACAGGAAUAGAUAAUUGGACAUUUUUAGUGGCCCUCGUAACAUUUUCGGUUAAUUAUAUCACUUGUUAAAUUUUGCAGGAGCAGGCAGUAAGAAAUUUUUAAGGGACUCUCGUAGUAAUUUUGGUUGAUUGUACUUAGAAUCAAGGACAGAUAAUUAUCAUAAAUGUACCUAACCAAAACGGAAAUUUAAAUUUUCCUUAUGAAAUUUACUAUAAAAUGGAAAUAAAUAACUCUUUUAAUAAUGAAUUAAUAUUGAAGUAUAAUCUUUAUUUUUUAAAGCCACCUCUCACUGUCUUAAUACAUUUUUGACAUAAAGAAAAGAUUCAUACAAACUAGAUUUGUUAAUAAUAAAUAUCGCUAUUUUAGUGUCUUGAUAAUUUUGAGGUCGAAAGAAAAGCGACGUUGCCAAGUCGAUAAGAAAUAUAGAAAUAACAGGAAUUUGUAUUUAAUUGAUACAAAAGUGACGUAAGUGGCAUACAACAUAUUUUUUACCACCGAUAUUACAGAGGUUGUUCAAAUAAUUGACAUUUUAGCCAUUUAAAAUGUAUAAACCCUAUUUUUUUUUUAUAAAUUUUAUCGAUUUUUAAACAGUUUAAAUUAUUACAGUGUGCACUGAUUACUUUUAUCAAAUAUCUGAAAAUGACCCAACUUGAAUUUUACUACUUACCAGUUUGUAUUUGUUUCUGUAUAUAUAUAAAAUAAACUUAGUGUUGCGAAUAUGUACAGAAUAAGUUAAGUCUAAAGUAAAAAUAAUCAGAAAACCUAUGAUUAUAAAAAAUAUGCUAAGAUAAAUUGCAACUUAUGAACAGUAACCAGUCGUAACAAUAUGAAAUGUAUAAAUAAAUAUUAAAAAAAGCCGUUAAAAGUAAU